AUGAUCACUCGCAUCAAGGAUGGUGAUGUGUAUUGUGAGCAAUGCGAUGUGAAUUUCGAGGCGCCAAUCCUAAAGCUGGUGAUGUUAUUGGUUGAGAGACGCCCGAGAUGGCAUAGAGACCUACUCCUAAAGAGAGCAUUGGGACAGUACUCUAUACUUACCAUUGAUAUCAUUUUUGCGAUUUUCAAAAGGCAGAUGAAACAAACGGAUCCAUCAACGCAGAUCGGGGAGGAUCAAAUGGCAUUGGGGGCAAUGGUGGUGAGGAUUGCCAACGUAUUCCCGGAGUGGGAAACGAAGUCAGAAUUGAUGGCUAUGGAAAGAGGAAUGGAACAAGCCAUUAUCUCAUUUGACGAGAAGAAAAGGUGUUCUUCUAAAGAGGGUAUUUGCGAGUUCUUUCGACCGGUAGAGGGGGGGUCUCUUUGCUUCGUCCCGAAGUGUGAAGUCGGUGAGUGGUUGACGUCCGAAACGGUAGAUCAAGUACGAUUACGCAUGGUUCAGCGCGGUGGAGCAGGCGAGGUCGAUUGUAUGGGAACUGAGGGGGAUUUUGUGGAAACUGACGGGUACGGGUACUAG